AUGGCGUCGCGAGGUUUCUUUAACUUUCCUUUCUUCUGGAAGUCUGAGGACAAGCCGGCCGCGAGCCCCGAAGCCAACACUGUUGCAGCUUCUAAGCCCAAGAAGCCAUGCUGUGUCUGCAAGGACGAAAAAUCCAAACGCGAUGAGUGUAUGCUCUUCUCCAAGGCCGAUGAUCCCGCGGGCGAUUGCCAGAGCACUAUCGAUCAGUACCGAACCUGUAUGGCCGGAUUCGGCUUCAAAGUAUAA